AUGGGUUUAAUAAGUCCCAAGAAAUCAUGUCCCAUUAUGCUACUGUUUAAAUUUAUUCUUCAGAUCGUAAUCAGCACAGCGGCAGAUGCAUCACGAUCAGUAAUAAUAAACACGGAACCUCGUUUUAUACAUGAUCUCGUCGAAGGCGAUAAUCGUAGUGCCUUACUAUCAAUACAACUUCCGGAAGAAAAGCUGAAACAUGGAGAUUGGAGUUUAGACUUCAAGCCUUUGAGACAAUCUAUGUAUAAUGUGGCAGAGGUAGAUCAUGCUUUGCAUUUCAAGAGUAGCGCAUUUCAAUAUGAUGAAGUGACAAAGUAUUUCAACAUAUCGACUCCGAUUGUCUUAAAAGGUAAUCGCAUGGGGAAGACAGCCUACUUAGUUCAUCUCGUAAGAGCGGAUGGCACGGAAGAUUCCGGAAAUGACACCAUACGUGAUGAAUACACAUCAGAAGAGACAUUCGAUAUUUGGGUUCGCAGAAGUGCGGGUUCAGAAAAAUUGACUCAUUACUUCGUCAUGUCUGUCGUUACACUAAUAAUCCUGGCUAAUAUCAUGAUGGGUUGCGAAAUUGAUAUGAACGUAGUGGUGUCAACAAUUCGACGUCCUUUAGCUCCUUUCAUAGGAUUUCUCACACAGUUCGUGAUAAUGCCAUUACUUGCUUAUGGUAUCGCCAUAUUCGUGUUUAUGCCGAGAGGCCUUCCAUCCAUGGCUCUUGGAAUCUUCAUAACUGGUUGCUCUCCGGGAGGGGGCGCUUCUAAUUAUUGGACAUUACUGCUGGAUGGGAAUGUUAAUCUUUCGGUGACAAUGACAUUCGUGUCUACUGUCCUCUCAUUAGUGAUGAUGCCAUUGUGGCUUUCCUGGCUGGGUUCCAGAUUUCUUGGUGGUUUUUCUUCCCAAACACAGAUGAAAGUUCCAUAUGCUAACAUCACUCGUUCACUCUUUGUACUAGUUCUACCUCUACUAAUCGGUGUCGCGAUUCAAAGAUUUAAACCAACAUGGGCUAUACGAGCACGACAAGUAAUGCGUCCUUUUAUAAUUUUCGUGCUCGUUUUCGUAGUAUUGUUUGGCUGCAUUUCUAAUUCGUACAUGUUCUAUAUGAUGUCUUGGCCUGCGAUAUUUGGCGGUCUUCUGCUUCCGUGGUGUGGAUUCAUGUUUGGAUGCUUCGCGUCGAUACUCUUCCGCCAAUCACCGAGUGAUGUCACCGCCAUCGCGAUUGAAACAGGAAUUCAGAACACGGGAGUGUCUAUAUUUUUAUUAAAGGCGUCCUUUGCUCAGCCUGAUGCUGACAUAGGGUCAGUGAUUCCGGUGAUAGUUGCGUGUUUUACUCCCAUCCCAUUAUUGCUCGGGGCGGCUGUGCACACAAUGUUAAAAAUGCUGAAAAAACGCCGCCAGACAAUAGUGGACUGUGAAGUGCAGAAAGAGGCGUCGGUGGAGAUGCUGUCUGCUGCAAAUAUUUUAAUACCCUUACCAGAAGCACAAUCGUGA